UAGCCAGCAUUAGUUUUGAAUAUAGGAUGCUGUGAAAUGUAUUCUCAAUUUAUUCAGUCACAUGUUAUCCAUGUCUGAAGUUAGCUGUAACCACGUGUCCGGGGUGUGUUUUGGAGGAGCCAGUGGGUGAGCUAAAGGCAUUCCUCAUGGGUUAUGCAUGUGAAUGCAGCUUCAGGUUUCUCCUUGAAACAAGCAACACAACACUGAUACAAUGUAUAGCAUAAACUGUCAAAGCAUGACAGAUGUUCUACAUGCUCUGUCAGCUACCAAAAUUCUGCAGUAUUUUUAACAUGCCUGAAUAAUAUGCUACCAUUAACCAAGAAAUGUGUUUCCCUAGUUGGAGCAACAAUCACAUAUCGACAUCUAAGCCCCUGGGCUGCCCUCUGCUGCUCAGCAGCAAUACUGCAUGUCAAUACCUUUGACAAGAGUGAUGGUUCCUCAGAGAGAGUUGUACCCCUCUCAAGUUAAAGGAGACACUUAUAUAGCUGGAAAUAGAAUUUUCCUCUAGGUUUGUAACAUUACCAAAGGUUAUGUGAUGGCCCCGCAGAUUAGGGGAUAAACGGACAGAAAUUACACGGAAACCGGAAGCUAUUUUUAUAACAUAUCAAGACGAAGGCUAUCUGCUGUCUACAGUGUAAUAUUCAGUCCAGUGAACACUGACUCAACUCUUCCUGUGACUUUAUAGUGCAGUCUGCCUAUUCAUCCUGUUGUGUUACUGCAGUGUGUUCACAGUGCCGUCUCAUGGUAGGUGUGUGUGUGGGUGUGUAUUUAUACUGUGGCCUUGCAUCGCUUUGACGGAUAAACCUGCCUCUCCGUCUGUACAUGACGCGGUGGUUGUAAAUGUUCAUUGAAGUGUACAGCACCUGUAUGAACACUGGCCUACACUCAGUAAAAGACUAGGCUCAUGUGUACAGAAGUCGCUCCAUUAUUUUUGUAAAUUAUAAGGAAGAUGAUUUAUCUACUUUAGUGAAGAGAAUAAUAAAAUACUGAUGUGUAAACUAUUGUCCAUGACAUGCUGAUGCUCCAAUAAAUAAAGUUUUAGAAAAAAUCCUGUUCUAUGCAGUUUUUUGUAGACCAAGUGGGCCUAGUAAUUGCUUGAUUCACUAUUGAUGUAUUUCUACAACAGUUUGAUUAAAAGCAACGCAGAAUUUGGAAGGUAUGUGUCUUUUGCACAUUUGAGCAUCCAGUCAAUAUCCGUUUGCCUCUAGAAGGGAAGUCGCGCCCUCUCGCGGAGAUAGGUCUGGCCACUCCAUUGCUGACGUCAGUCAGAAAAUGAGUGCGUGCAGUCACGCACGCACCACUCCAGAGCCAAACUCAUAAACUACACCACCCAGAAAGCUUGCGUUCUACGUUUGCGCACUUCAGAACUCCAGGACGAAAAACGCAUACAGAUGGCCUAUUACGGACGUACACUGAGGACUACAAGUACCAAUAUAUACGCUUACGGAACGUUUUAAAGCCAUUUAAAUUUACGUGCAAAAUGGCCACGCAGGUGGACUUGGUUCGCGUGAAAGUAGAAAAUAAAACCAAAGACAGCUUGGAAAGGCAGGGCAAAGAAAAGAAGAAAAAGAAAAGGGAAUAUUCUCCAUCUGUUGACAAACACCAGAGAUCCGAAAAAGAUGUAAAGAAAGCGAAGCUCCAUCACUACAAUCAUCAGCAUGAUCUGUCGCGGCCAAAACACCCGGACCUACAGCCGCAGCUGCAGCGGGAGACCCACAGUCAACCGCGAACCUUUACCAAGGAACAAGUGCCCGUUCAUCACCGACAUCACCACAACAACCACCACCUUCACCAACAUGAUAUAAAGAGAGAAGGAACGGUGGUUUGGCCGAAGAUGACGCAGACCAAACUCCAAAAGCCUCCUGCGCCCACGGUUCUGCCUUCCGCUACCUUCACUUUCACGCCCCUGAAAGUAGCUAAGGCCAAGAGUCUCACCAGCAACAAGGAGAAGCACAAUGGAAGCGAACUCAAACUUAAACUUAAGAACGAAAACACCGAUGCAAACGUGAAGAUUGAAAUGUGCAAAAAGAAAAAGAAAGAAGCACGAGACGAGAACGGCAAGGUGCGUCUGAAGGAGGAGGCAGAGUACCUGCUCAAGCGGAAGAGGAGGAAGAAGAAGCACCGCGAGGAGGAGCGUGGUGGCGGCAGCGUUGCCGGAGUAGUAGGAGGAGGAGGAGGAGGAGGCGGCGGCAAGCAUUUCCACAUGCAUGACAAGGAGGUGCAGACGGAAUUGGAUACAGGAGCCUCAGCAAAGACGGAGCCCCAGGUGCAGCCCCAGCCCUUCCUCUCCCACCAGGACCACUCCAUUCGCCUGAUGGCGCUCCCCAGUGCCCACUUCUGUGGCCUCAUGCACGAGGAGGUGCAGCCCAAUGGAGGCGGCCGCAUCCUGCACGCCUACGCCGACGAGCUGGCCCACCUGCGGCCCGCCGAGCAGGAGCGCUUCGCUCAGGACUUCCUCGAGAGGGCCUUCUCAGAGAGGACUGGCGCCGCUCGCUACGCCCUGGCCGUGGUGCAUGGGGCAGCCGCCUACCUGCCCGACUUCCUGGACUACUUUGCCUUCAACUUCCCCAACACGCCUGUCAAGAUGGAGAUGCUGGGCAAGAAAGACAUCGAGACCACCACCAUCGCUCACUUUCACUCACAGGUGAACAGGACGUACUGCUCAGGUACUUACCGCUCUGGGGCUAUGCGGCAGAUCAGCCUGGUGGGUGCUGUGGACGAGGAAGUGGGCGACUUUUUCCCAGAGUUCCUGGACAUGCUGGAGGAGUCUCCCUUCCUGAGGAUGACUUUGCCCUGGGGUAGUCUCUCUAGUUUGAAGCUGGACUGCAGGUCUCAGAGCGAUGACGGCCCCAUCAUGUGGGUACGGCCAGGGGAGCAAAUGGUGCCCACAGCAGACGUGCCCAAAUCACCAUUCAAACACCGCAGGUCGGUGAGCGAGUUGCGGGCGCUGCAGUACGUGCGUCGUGCCUGUGAGCGGCGAGAGGUGCUGUUUGAGGACCGCACACGAGCGCACGCUGACCACGUUGGCCAGAGCUUCGACUGGAGGAGCACUGCAGCCGUGGGAGUCCUCAAGGCUGUGCAGUUUGGAGAAUGGAGCGAACAAUCUCGGGUCACCAAAGACGUGGUGUGCUUCCAGGCUGAGGACUUCAAUGAGGUGGUGCAGAGGCUACAGCUGGACCUCUAUGAGCCACCCGUGUCACAGUGUGUGCAGUGGGUGGACGACGCCAAGCUGAACCAGCUUCGCCGCGAGGGCGUCCGGUACGUGCGCGCCCAACUCUGCCACCAGGACAUCUACUUCAUCCCACGCAACGUGGUGCACCAGUUCAAGACCGUUUCAGCCGUCUGCAGCCUGGCCUGGCACAUCCGCCUCAAGCAGUACCAACCCGAGCCCACGCCCGCUCACAGCAACGGCACGGCUGAGCCCGCGUCCUCAAAGGGCGACCACGUGGCGCAGCCACCAACCAGUCCAGACAGACUGCCACCGGCUACGGCAGCGCAGAACUCGGACCCUGCCCCAAAAGCCUCACACUCACCCUCGGAAUGACCCAGAUCCCAAAAUGGCUGAUAUUAUGAAGACCUCUCAUUUGCAGUCCUCUUUAAAAAAAAAAGGGAGUGUCAGACAAACUCUUGGAUGAAUGAUGCUUAUAAAGUAUAGUGAUAUUUUGUAUUUAUUUCGUUUUUAUUUGUAUUGAAUUGACCCCAGAAGUACUGUCUUGAUUCCUCUCAGGCCAAAGUGUGCCGCUUUAGAAGCUUGGUGUUUGUCAGUGAGGUAUUUGAUAUUAGUUGCAAAGGAAUGCGGUACACCAUGGGACACAGUUACACAGAGAAGUGCCUAUCCCUUACUGAAAGCGCCAUUCAAGUCUCAUCUACUGGCUGCCUGAUGGGAAUCUCUGAGAUGAUAAGAAAGAGCGAGGGAGAGCGAUAGAGAUGAUCACUUGUCUGGCUGGUAGACUUCAGCUUCGAGAAGAACUGACAUUGGUGAUUGUCUCCUCUGCUGGAGGAACUAGAGGAACUUUGAUGCUUUUCUUCCAUUGGGAAAAAAAAAACAACGACUGCAUCAGCCAAACUUUUUCUUUCUAAGUUAGCUGAGUUGAUGUGUGCAGUGAAAGAACCCUCUACACCCAGACCUGCUGCUACUGCACGGUUUUGGACCUUAUGAUGGUCUCUUAUCGGUUGUCCUGUUUCUGCACUUGGCAGAGUUCUGUGGGUCUUUGAGGAAAUCUAGUUAGUGAAUCCAGUGUGUGUGUGUGUGUGUGUGUGUGUGUGUGUGUGUGUGUGGUUGCACAUGUGAGGGCCUCCUCUAUGUUUGUUUCAGUAGCUGGGAAUUGGUGCUGUACCUACAUUAUGACCAUAUCAUAGCCUAAGGUUUGAGUAAAACCCACUGAAACGGGUGCAAGUUUGGACUGUGGCUGGCUCUUCCAUGUGGCUUCUAGUUGUGUGCAAUUUUGAGUGUAUUUAUAUAGAUAUAUAUAUAAUAUUUAUUUGUAAACAUUCAGGCAUCUUGUCCAAGCAACAGUAUCUGAUGCCUUGAAGUAUUCUUCCAACAUAAAGUCAUUAAGCAGUCACUUUAAUCCAAAGCAUACUGCAGUACAUGUAAACUUUACAUCUCAUCUGCACUUGUGCUCUGUGAGUAUUGACCUUUGACCUUAGUCCAUCGGCAUUGCUACUGCUUUCCUCUAGCCGUUGAGCAACAGGAGUACCAAAAUAGAGCCGUUGUUAAAUGGUCAUUGACACAAAGUGUCUUCAUUUUCACCUCAAGAAUUAAGAUGAAAGGACAAUUGUAAAGGGUAUUAUUCUCUUUACAGGGGUUGAAGAGUCUCAAGUUCAUAUACCUAGAUCAUUUUUUAUUUAUUCCCUGGACUAAAGUGAUUUUUAUAUUAAUGAUUUUUAUAAUGUUAUAGUAGUGUGUUUCAUGUAGGAUACAAUUUUGUGAAGAUUUCUCUUGACGCAUGAAUUUAAUUUAAAAUGUUUCUGUGGUAAAUUUUAGCGUACGCUUUCUCGCAAGACGUACAUAUUGCUGUAUAUGUUGCUGUGUGUGUGUGUGCUAGGGCGUGUGUGUGCGCUAGGGCGUGUGUGCUUGUGAAGCUAGGGUCCUUCGCUUCAUACCAGUGACUCAAGUCCACACGGUAUCAAACAACUGAUCUGGUCACCCUAAAUUCAAACCAUGCAUUUCACCACAAGGUCAGACCAACAGUACAAGUCCUUUUAUAUAAAACAAACGCAUGUAGUCCAAAGAUCAGACCAUUAAAGUCGGAGUCCACGAUUCUGGGUACAGGUUGUUGAGUUUCAACAGCCAAUCAAAGUACCCCCCCCCCCUUCCGUGGGCCUGAAGCAAUACGUUGAUUGGCUGGAAUUGUUUAUGGCUCAGUCUGACCCACUCUGUUUCCUAUUUAUAUUGUCACACAAGGUCGUGGACUGCACCUUAAACCGUACUGGUGAUCGAACUACUGACUAGGUCUGUCAAGUAACCCAUUUCGAUCAAACCUGUUAUCUGAGCCCCCACAAAAUCAGACCAGAGUUACCAUAGCAACUGGUUACAGGAGAAGCACUGGCAACACAAUCUUGGGGUUGACACGGCGGUGACCUUUCCUGGUGUAGUCAGGAGUAAAAUGGACUACAAGCCUUUGUGCCCUCAGCGGCCUCAUACCUCCACAACAAGAUUAUGAUUGACUAUUGUGUGUUAUCUUGCAAUAAUUAUAGGUGUGUUCCUGUGGCAUUGUGUGGUCCUUGGACUUGAAAAAGUAGUUUUCCUUCAGUUUCAACUGGAGCUGUUGCAACUGCUCUGUGAAAUGUAGGACUUGAAGAUGUUGUAAUUAUUAUUAUGGAGGAUUUCACUUCAGUGCAUAGAUUAUUGGGGGCAAAAUUCUUUGACCUACAGAGUACUUCUCCCCCUCUUAUUCGGCAGCUAAUUCAGUUGUUUUGUAACAAUGUUCUUGCCAGGAUUGGAUUGUUUGUAUUCGAGGAACAGGUGCCUGAGCUUGGGAGGCAUGUUGUGUGUCAGUGAACUCAAUAAAAGCUCUCAUUGAUGUUUGUAUUCAAA